AUGAAUCCAUUUCAAUACGGGUUGUUAAGAAGCCAGCACAGCGGAUUGUAUCUGGAUGUAGAGGGAGCUGGGACGAGUCCCGGGACCGCCGUUUGCGUUUGGGAUAGGAAUGCUUCUCCGAAUCAGAUUUGGUAUUUCGAUGCCGUCAAUUCCGCUAUCAGGACAAAGUUGAACGAUUUUGCUUUGGAGUACAGUGAAGGGCACAAGUACUGCGUCAUCAAUCCACUGAAUCCGAACAGUCCCUACCAGAAGUGGAGGUAUGAGAACGGAUUUAUAAGGAAUAUGAUGAUUGCCUCGGCUACUCUUGGCCUACCUGGUCAGAGCAAAGAGAGAGGUUCCAAAGUUGUCAGUGAAAAUUUCACCGGCCAGCCCGAUCAAAUGUGGAUGUUUGAGAGUCACGAGGGAAUGGCCCCUAUGCCCCAAGGCCAGCAAUACCAGCAACCCUAUCCGGGUUACAAUCCCCAAAUGCCCCCCUACAAUCCGCAACAGCCCUACAACCCACAACAACCUUCGUAUCCGCCCGCUGGUGGGUGUGUGCCUGGCGGGUGUGUGCCCCUCCCAAAUAUGGACGUGUCAAACGUCAAACGAGAGUUUGUGAUUAAGUCAGAGAUGGAUGAUAAAGUGUUGGACAUAAAGGGUGAAGACGCCAGGGAAGGGGCCAUGGUCGUCAUGUACAAGCCCCACCGCAAGAAGAACCAACUCUGGUACCUGGAUCAGCAGGGCUGCAUCAGAUCAGCUUUCAAUGGUUUCGUUUUCUACGCCAAAGGUGGAGUGCUUUUUAAAUCUUUCAAUUGA